UUCAUUUCCCUUUGGAAGAAGCACGAGAGCAAAACAGAUAAUAAAAAUGGUCGAGAAGAGUGCAAAGGACUAUGCAAAAAUUAUACAAAACGCCGAUUUGGACAGGGAGAUAAAUCCACUCUGUACCAACAUUGAGGAUAUGCUUGCGCGUCUGGACGAGUUUGAAACAGUCUUGAGCUCCGUGCGCGCCGAGACCAACGGUAUUAUGGCCAAUCACGUGUGCAGCAUUCUGAGCUUCAGCGACAACUUUGAGGAGCUGCGCAAUCGCAUCGACAACUUGGAACAGUUUGUCAGCACGGUCAGCGAGAACCUAAACGAGGUGGAACGCUCUGUGGAUGUGGCUGAGCAGGAGCUCAAUAUCACCGACUACAGCAUAAGGGGACUGCUCUUUAAACCACUUAAGGCCAAACUAUCCACCGUAGAUGCAAGUGGAGGAGCAGCAUCCAAAACCAAUCUGACAACUGAAGGCGAUUUUCAGGCGGUGCCUAUUUUCAAAUCGGAUGAAUACUUUGGCAUUGGAGCAACGGAUGCGAAUGUCAGUGGAACUGUCUAAGCAUUAUUUUUAUUUAUUUAUUUAGUAAUAAUUAGCAAAUCAGGUUUUGUAAGCACUUUUUAAUAAAUCUAUAUGUA